AGUUUCGCGGGUUUUAUAUUUAACUCUUGCGGAGUAACUUUAAAAACAGAUUUGGUUCGCAAAAAUUGCAAAUAUUAGAAAACUAACAAUGUGAAAUGGGGGAACUACAGCAAAUACGAUUAGAAAUAAAUAAUGCCUUCAAGCUUAGCGGUUUUACUAUUCGUAGAGAAGCAAGUACAUUCUUAGCGGAACAGUUGUCUACUUCAUCUCAACAGGAAAGAAAGAAAUUGAUUGAUAAGUUACUGGCACAUAUUUUACAUCAAUGCCUAUCACAUCCUGUGCUAGAAAAGCACCAUUUAGAGGUAGCGUUUAGAGAGUGUUCAUCGUCAGGCCUCGAAGAAACUGAAACUAUCUUAAAUGUUAUUGAUGCAUUCAGUGUCCCGAAAUUGAACUAUGACAACGAUAGAAAGAAAUUCGUAAAAGACGUAAAUGCUAGCAAUAAUCUGUAUCCAGAACCAAAAUGGAAAGCUCAAUAUUUAAAUGAUAGAUAUACAAUGAUCUGGCAAAGAACUAUACGAAAUAAAUUAUUCGCGAAAGAAACUUUACCUUCGAUGGAAAGUGAAAAUCGUUUUCAAUUGCGCAAAAUUGAGGUAUUACAAAGUUCUUCAAGUAGAGUUGAUAAUGUUAUAGUAUUGGGACUCUUAACACAGCUGACGGAAGGUAAAUAUUACUUAGAAGAUCCAACCGGUAGUGUCCUAUUGGACAUGACCCAAACAAGAUAUCAUUCUGGCCUGUUCACUGAAAGCAGUUUUGUUUUAGCCGAAGGUUAUUAUGACGAUAAAGUGUUAAAUGUAAUGGGCUUAGUUUUACCUCCAUCUGAAAGCCGACCUAUAUCAGUACCAUUCUUUGGCAGCUUAAAUACAUUUGGAGGCAAAUCAAAGUCAUUGCUGAAGAAUUCACAAAAUUUAUUAAAAAUUGAACAAGAUAAUGAGGAUGGAAUGAUUGUUUUCAUCUCAGAUGUAUGGUUUGAUAAUUUAAAGGUUAUAUCGAAGUUAAAAGCAUUGUUUUCUGGUUAUAAUGACUUCCCACCAAUAGCAAUAGUUUUUAUGGGGGAAUUUUUAUCAUGCCCAUAUGGAUAUGAGCAUAGCACACAACUUAAAGCAGCUUUAAUUAAUCUAUGCGAUAUUAUUAUUCCUUUUACAAAACUAAGACAAUCAUGUAAAUUUAUCUUUGUCCCCGGUCGAGGAGAUCCGAUUGCUCCCAAUAUAUUACCACGACCAGCAAUACCCAACUCUGUUACAAAGGAAAUAAGAGAUAAGUUAGGCGAAUCAGUAAUAUUCACAACAAAUCCAUGUAGAAUCCAAUACUGUACACAAGAAUUGGUUAUAAUAAGGCAAGAUCUAGUUACGAAGAUGUGUCGAAACUCCAUCCAUUUCCCUGAUACUGGCGACAUCCCAGAUCAUUUGACGAAAACUCUUCUGAGUCAGUGUACACUGUCUCCAUUAUCAUUGGGGGUGCAACCUGUAUUCUGGAAACACGCUGAUGCUUUAAGUCUCUACCCUAUGCCUGAUUUAGUUGUCGUAGCAGAUCAUUUUCAGCCUUAUACAAGAACAUAUCAGAAUUGUCAAGUUAUUAAUCCAGGGUCUUUUCCGAGAACUGAAUUUUCAUUUAAAGUAUAUGUGCCUGCUUCGAGAACCGUUGAAGAUUCACAAAUCCCAAAUGAUGAUCCUUGAAAUUGUAUGUUAAUUAAGGUGUUGCUAACAGUACUACCAUGUCAGUUUUGGUCAUAUUUGGGUUAUUCUAGAAGGAAAUAUACUGGCUAAGGAAAUGUCUUUGCUGAUAUGACAUAAAAAUUGAAUAAACAUAUUUGUAAAAAGUAGUUAUUAGAGUGUUAGAUGUAUUUUUUAAGUUUAAUUUUUAUAAUGCAAGGAUGAAAUAAAAAAUAAUACUUAUUCUAUUUCUUUAUUUAAUCUGUAUUUACAACAACAUUUAAAUCUUAGUUUUAUAGCUAUUGCUGAUUAGUGAGUAUAAAUCUAAAUUAGUAGCCAUGUUGUUACUUAACCACUAAACACUAAUAUACUGCUCCCCUUACUAACAAAUGUUAUAUAGCGUUUGUUUUGUUACACAA